GAAUUCCCUUCGAUUAAAUCAAUUCCUCCCUUGGUGUUCAAUGCCUGAAGCCCAUCUUCCUAACAGUUAAUAUUGUUCUUCUUCGAGAAAACAUUUGUGCUGUUAUUGGUGGGUUCGAACCAGAUUUUGUCCCAUUUUUUUUCAAUCGGGUUAAUUGGAUACCUUCAAUCAGAAACAGAUAAAAAGACAGAAAAGGGAGGGUUGGUUUCAGAAGAGUGUGGCGGGUUUAACAUUUCGAUUUGUUAAACACAGGAAAAGACUGUAUGAAGUAAUGGAGGCUAAAGGUGGCAAGAAGAAUUCCAACGGCAGUAAAACAAUAUUCUACGAAGCACCUCUCGGUUACAGCAUUGAAGACCUUCGACCCCACGGUGGAAUCAAGAAGUUCCGUUCUGCUGCUUACUCCAACUGCGUCCGAAUGCCAUCUUGAGUUCCCACAACUAGUUUACAUAUAUCUAACAUAACCCCUACUACCUUCUGUUUCCUCUUUUCUUUUUCUUUUCUUUCAAUUCAUCACUCUCUACAAAAUUUCUCCCUCUUUCCUUCCUCCUCCUUUCAAGCCGAACAAUAAAAAAAAUAAAAUAAAAAUGACGUUCUCAGCCUCAGCAAUCGGGUUCGAAGGCUACGAAAAACGACUCGAGAUAUCGUUUCACGAGCCUCGUUUCGAUUCUGAUGAUCGCGGCGGAGGAUUAUCAUCGAUGAACCUCCGCGAUUUAUCUCAAUCUCAGUGGGAGAAAAUCCUCGAGCCAGCACAAUGCACCAUCGUCGACUCCCUCUCGAACGAUUUCCUCGACUCAUACGUGCUCUCGGAGUCGAGCCUCUUCGUCUACCCCUUCAAGCUCAUCAUCAAAACCUGCGGUACGACGAAACUGCUGCUCUCCAUCCCGGUCAUCCUCGAAACCGUGCCCCUCGACGUUCGCACCGUGAGGUACACGCGGGGCACCUUCCUGUGCCCCGGAGCUCAGCUGUUCCCUCACCGGAGCUUCUCCGAGGAAGUAGCUUUCCUCGACGGCCACUUCCAUCGACAGCUCGGUCUCCAGACCCAGGCUUGCGUCAUGGACAGCCCCGACGACACGCAACAAUGGCAUGUCUACUCUGCUAUGAGUACUCAACAUCAUCAUCAUGACGAUGGAAUCAUUGCGCCUACCUACACUCUUGAAAUGUGCAUGACUGGCUUGAACCCGAAGAGAGCCAUUGUGUUCUACAAAACUCACUCGUCGUCGGGAACUGAAAUGACCGAGAAUUCGGGCAUCGGGGAGAUUCUUCCAGGGUCCGAGAUAUGUGAUUACGAUUUCGAGCCGUGUGGGUACUCGAUGAAUGCACUCGAAGAGGGCGCGAUUUCUACGAUCCACGUGACCCCCGAGGAGGGUUUCAGUUAUGCGAGUUUCGAAGCCGCGGGGUAUGAUUUUUUCCUCGGGGGUGUGGAUUUGAACCGGUUGGUUGAGAGGGUUUUAGGUUGUUUCGAGCCGGCUCAGUUCUCGGUUUCGUUGCAUUGCGAUCGUGCGGUGGUGGAUGAUGGUGAUGGUGAUGAGAUGGGGAUGAUGAUGAUGAAGUUUGGGUUGAUGGAUUUGAAAGGGUAUUAUUGUGAGGGAAAUAACUGUGAAGUGAUUGGUGAAGGUGGAGGCAUUGUUUGUUACCACAACUUUGUUAGGAAGAAUGGUUUGGGAUCACCCACGUCUAUACUGAUGAGAGGUUGCUGGAGUGAGGAUGAUGAGAAGGAGGAUGACUUCGUCGAAGAGAAAUAAAUUUAAAAAAAAAACAUGUAUUUUGUGGUCUGUUUUGUACUGAAAUCUGUAUGCGCGUUUGAUUUCAAAUUGUGAAUUUAUAUGAAAAAAAAUGUUGUAUUGGGGUUAUGAUUAUGAGUUAAGGUCAAUUGUUUAUGUAUAUA